AAUGUGAUAAUAAGUUAACCUUUUUUGAAAUGUUCAAGUAUUUAUUGUUUAGAUAAUCUGAAAAUGGGGGCCAGGGAUGAUGAAUACGAUUAUUUAUUCAAAGUUGUGUUGAUUGGAGACUCCGGAGUGGGUAAAUCCAACCUGCUCUCCAGGUUUACAAGGAACGAGUUCAAUCUGGAAUCAAAAUCUACCAUCGGAGUAGAGUUCGCCACAAGAUCUAUUCAGGUUGAUGGGAAAACGAUAAAAGCUCAGAUCUGGGAUACCGCUGGACAAGAGAGAUACAGAGCAAUCACUUCAGCGUAUUACCGUGGUGCAGUUGGUGCCCUGUUAGUGUAUGAUAUAGCUAAGCACCUGACCUAUGAGAAUGUUGAACGAUGGUUGAGGGAGUUGAGAGAUCAUGCAGAUGCAAACAUAGUUAUCAUGUUGGUGGGAAAUAAAUCAGAUCUACGGCAUCUACGCGCUGUUCCUACAGAUGAAGCCAAAGCUUUCGCGGAGAAGAACAACCUCAGUUUCAUCGAGACCUCCGCCUUGGAUUCAACCAACGUAGAGACAGCUUUUCAUAAUAUUCUCACAGAAAUCUACCGUAUUGUGUCCCAGAAGCAGAUAAGUGAGGGUGGAGGAGAGAUGGAGCGCCCAGGUGGAAGCCAAACUAUCAACCUUCAACCAACCCAGGCGGAUAAACCAGACAAAAAACAGUGUUGUAACUAAUCCAUCAUCCGGCUCCACUCCGCCAUUCCUUAUUCGUCCUCUACAAGAACUUAUCAUUUUCCUUCUUUAUAUCAACCCAGUUAGAUUUGAUUUUCAUAUUUUGUUUCCCUCAAAGUUUCACUUAUUUUGUCACUAUUUAGCCAUGUAAGCAUGUAUUAUGUUAUCUCGAUGAUUGAUCGAUUGAUCAAUUCUCGCCCGUUUUUCAAUUUGAUUUGGUUGAACGAUGUUAAAAUACAACUCAGCUCGUUCCGUCGUUUUGGCGUUUACAAGACUCUCCCCCCUCUCCCUUAGUUUCACUGUUAACAUUGAUUUUUAGUUUUUAACGGAACAAAAUGAUAAUGCCUUCAUUUUAUUCCUUCAGUUGUGAUACAAUGUAUUUAAUAAGUCUUAACUCCCGUUGUGUUGAUAAAAUAAACAUUUCGGCUUUAUUGUUGAAUUAGCUCACUGUGUAAUGGUAUCACUAGCUCACUGUGCAGUGUCACUAGAACUUAGUCCAGCUAGUUGGCAACUUAAUUGAUGCAUUUAUAUUUUCAUUUGAAUUUUUCAUAGAAAUAAACUAAUAGUUACUACGGUA